UUCAAAUCCCCUAUAUGUCAUAUAUAUAGGGGGCAUAGCCACUGCCAACCUUGAACCAUUUAUUCAAGAAUUCACAAACCCUCCCAAUACACAAGUGAGAAUUAACUCUUUUUCUCGAAAAAACUAAAGAAAAGAAGAAGAAGAAGAAGAAGGUGGGAUUAAGUAGUGAUGGGGCGGGCUCCUUGCUGUGAGAAAAUGGGGUUGAAGAAGGGCCCGUGGACUGCAGAAGAAGAUCUCAUCCUCAUCAAUUUCAUCAACCACAACGGCCAUGGCAACUGGCGGGCCCUUCCCAAACGGGCCGGGCUUUUGAGGUGUGGAAAGAGCUGCCGCCUGCGUUGGAUGAAUUACUUGCGGCCCGAUAUUAAGAGAGGAAAUUUCAGUCGCGAAGAGGAGGCCAUCAUCAUCAAUUUGCAUCAAGAAUUGGGAAAUAGAUGGUCUGUGAUUGCAUCUAGAUUACCGGGCCGCACAGACAACGAAAUAAAAAACAUAUGGCACACACACUUGAAGAAAAGGCUUUGUAAGAGAUCUCGGGCCGAGCCCGAAGCCCGGAACGAGUCCACAUCGGAUGAGGAUGCAACCAAUUCCCCGAUGCAUUCGUUUAGUGAAGUGUCGUCGGAGAAUCCGCCGGAGAUGGACGACAGCUUCUGGUCGGAGGUUUUGUCCGGGGAUGAUUUCGUCACCGAUUCUCCGCUUCGCUUGUCGGAAUCUGUAAAUGAGGAUGGAGGCAUGGAUUUUUGGUACAACCUAUUUAAUAGGGCCGACGACAUUCUAGACUUACCUGAUUUUUGAUUAUACCAAAGUUUUUUGUUUUAGCUUUUAGGUUUUCCUUUGUCAUGCUCGUAGUUUUUGUAGGAAAUUAAUUUGGAAGGAAAAAAAGAGAGUGUUAAUAUAUAGCUUUAAAUAAUCGUUUUGUUUUAUUUUCUUUUAAAUAAUGAUAGUUAUAAAAAUAAAUGUAUAUUCAUUUUAA